CUGCCCAAGUACAAACUCAGGGCAUGCAAACGAAUCGAGCACGCUCGGAUUUCUUGAAUUAGACCCGCGAGAAGAAACUGUUUGGAACCGCCUCUCUCAUGGCUACGAAAGGCGACAAGAUGACGGGUGCGAGCCUAGUUAUGGCCCUUGCAGUGACCGUGGCCGUACUCUGUGCGCGAGCCGCGGCCCAAUCCGGGUGCACCAGCGUGCUCAUAGGCCUCGCGCCGUGCCUCAGCUUCGUGACGGGGAGCUCGUCCACCCCGUCCUCCUCGUGCUGCUCCCAGCUGGCCAGUGUGGUCCAGUCGCAGCCGCGGUGCCUUUGCAUGGUCCUCAACGGCGGCGCGUCGUCCCUCGGCGUGACCCUGAACCAGACCCUCGCCCUUGCGCUCCCCGGCGCCUGCAACGUGCAGACCCCGCCCAUUAGCAAGUGCAACGCUUCUGGCGGAACGGUCGCUCCAGCCGGCUCACCGGAGAGUUCGCCGAGUGGCAAAUCAGGGGGAUCCAAAGCCACUCCAUCGACUGCAGGAAUUCCACCAGCUGCAGGAAUUCCACCAGCCACGGAAUCGUGAAGAUGCCGCCGCUUCCCCUCGCAGUGCUCUCGGUCCUCAUGGCGACCUUUGGAUACGUCCCCGCCAUGGCUAUCUGAAUUUUCUCAUUCCUCGGCGAUGUAUGACGCCGGACUAUAAUAAUGUGACGCGUGCUUGUGCUUGCGCACGCGACACCGUAUGCAUUUCCCUUUGUUGUUGAAGUAUGUGUGCUUUGUGCUUGAUAUACGUUGUAUCCCGCUCUACGUAUUUCCCUUGUUGUUGUCGUCGUUUUGCCCUUAUCAAUAUACCAUGAUUGGAAUUAUCGAUC